UUCUCGAAAACAUGUCGCCCAUGAAGCUGUGUGUUCCAGGUGACAAGCUGUGCAGUGUAGAAGACUGUAUACCCGGGACAGGAGUAUACCUGCGGCACGGCUACAUAUACUCGUCUCUAGCAGGCUAUGUGCUGAGGAAAAACGAGGGAGAGGAGUUACCUGUGAUCUCAGUGGUGAGAGAAACAGAGACACAACUUCUACCAGAUGUAGGAGCAAUAGUCACGUGUAAGGUAACUAGCAUCAACCCCAGGUUUGCAAAAGUCCACAUCCUCUAUGUGGGCUCCACACCGCUGAAGGAUCGCUUCAGAGGGACGAUCAGGAAAGAAGAUGUGCGUGCAACAGAGAAGGACAAGGUGGAGACGUACAAAAGCUUCAGACCAGGUGACAUCGUCUUGGCAAAAGUCAUUUCUCUGGGAGACGUGCAGUCAAACUACCUGCUAACGACAGCAGAGAACGAGCUGGGUGUGGUGGUGGCACACAGUGAAGCAGGUGCUCAGAUGGUCCCUGUCAGCUGGUGUGAGAUGCAGUGCCCACGAACACAUGCCAAGGAGUUCCGCAAAGUGGCACGAGUGCAGCCAGAGUAUCUACAGGCAUGAGUUGUGCAGCUUCUUUCUCCUACGAGGAACACACAGCUUCCCCUCCCUCCUCUCCUCACUGCUGUCAAGUAUCCCCUCAACUCUCUCUGUUUCUCAGAGAGUGGAUAAUGUGCAGGGUGUUGGCUACUUCUGUUUCAUUUUUUUGUGUUGCUUUUAACAGCUGUCUCCCUGCACAACAUGCCAUCAUUAGAUCGUGCUAGCUAGAAAACACAGAAGCAGAACAAAAUGCUGAAAUGUGAGGUCACAUUCCAAGGAACAUAGCUGUAGACAUUUUAAGCUAAAUUUAAUCCUGGCAACAUGGUGCUCUAAAAUCACCUGUAGACCUGAGGAGAACUUUUGACUCAGUCCACUUAGGAUUUUUCAUCGUUAUAAAGCUGAAAACAUCCCCACUGAAUUAAGAGAGGUGUUUUUCACUGAUGUAGGAUUCGCACAGUUCUAAGUAUUAUGACAGAGUAGGUCUUUUGAAGGAUUACAGGUGGUACAAGUUGCUGGGUGCAAAUACAUGAGACUUGUUAAGACUUGCAGCUCAUCUUAAGGCAAAAAUAAACAUGCAAGUUCUAACCAGACAUGAAUUUAAAUUCAUUGGGUGUUUUCUGGCCUGAAAUGAGGAGUAAUGCUGCAUUGUGCUUUAAUGCAUGUCAUGUAUGGGGUCAACUUUGUUUUUUAAUGCCCUGUCCAUAAAUGCGGGAAAAAAAUAGUUGAAAGACUUUUUUAUCUUUCAUGCUUGUUUCUCCCUGCUCUUUUCAGGUUAAAGCUAAGGUACAAAUGUUGUCUAUACAGCAGUUUUAGAGGAAAAUGACUUUGACUUGGAAAGCCUAAUGUUCAAGAGGAAUUACAAUACAGCUACUGCACACGGAAUACUGAAGUAAAUAUUGAUAGUCUGAUAGGUCUCUUAGCAAAAGCCCAAAUAAUAUGAGCCAACAAUAAGAAAGCAGAAAUGUUUCCUUGUUAUCUUUAAAGUAAAGUGUACUUUGAUUUCUUUUUUCUGUCUUUCUUCUUACAGCAGAGGUUGUUCAUGUGCAAGACUGGAAUAAAAUGACUAUCAAAAAAAUCAA